AAAGUAGCUUGGGCUUGAAAGAAAUUGGAUAAAACCUUUUCGUCAUCAUGCUGAAAGUUGAGUAUGGCUCUUUUAAAUGUAGGACAUAUGUAUUUUCCAAAAAUGAGUAUUGAAAAAAAUAUAAAAUCAAACUACUUCAGGAGUAGGGAGCAAUACAAAGUUUCAUUUCAACGUACGAUAUUAUACAGAACAGACAGAACAUCAUAAAUCAAUCACUCACUCUCAUCUCCUUCCUUUCAUGGCGGCUAUAUCGGUCUCCGCCUCAGGCUCAGCCUCACUCUCAACUUUUCACAAUCCCAGACCUUCUUCUGCAUCGGAUCAUCUUCUUCCCCUACCGAAAACCGCCGCUUUCUUCUUCUCUUCUUCCUCAUCUUUCCAUGGCCACCAUAAACUCACCUUCUCUGCAAGAGCCAUCGACCCCAAGAUUGCCGAUGCCGCUUUACCAGUCAACGGCUCCCUUCCUUCGUCUGCGUCAACAACUCUAUCAAAAGUGAGAAGGCAUACGAUAUCAGUGUUCGUUGGGGACGAGAGUGGAAUGAUUAACAGGAUUGCGGGAGUUUUUGCGAGGAGAGGAUACAACAUAGAGUCCCUAGCAGUUGGUCUGAACAUAGACAGGGCUCUCUUCACAAUAGUUGUCUCUGGCACUGAAAGGGUCUUGCAACAAGUCAUUGAACAGCUUAAUAAGCUUGUCAAUGUCUUGAAGGUUGACGAUAUUUCUAAUGAGCCUCAGGUGGAACGUGAACUCAUGCUUAUUAAAGUCAGUGCUGAUCCAUCUUACCGUGCUGAGAUUAUGUGGUUAGUAGACACAUUCAGAGCAAAAAUUGUGGAUAUAUCAGAACACUCAUUAACUAUUGAGGUGACUGGAGAUCCAGGAAAGAUGGUUGCAUUGCAAAGAAAUUUAAGCAAGUUUGGAAUCAAAGAAGUUGCCAGAACUGGAAAGAUCGCCUUGAGGAGGGAAAAGUUGGGCGCUUCAGCUCCAUUUUGGCGAUACUCAGCAGCUUCAUAUCCAGAUCUUGAAGGAACAACUCCUGUUGAUGCUCUUGCAGGGAUUGAAAGUAGAUCAAUCAAAAGUGAAUCUGAUAAGUCUGUUGGGGGUGAUGUUUAUCCUGUGGAGUCAUAUGAUGUCUCUACGUUCAAUCAUGUUCUUGAUGCUCACUGGGGUGUUCUCAAUGAUGAAGAUACAAGUGGUUUUAGAUCACAUACUCUGUCCAUGCUUGUCAAUGAUGUUCCUGGAGUUCUUUACAUUGUUACAGGGGUUUUUGCUCGAAGAGGCUAUAACAUUCAGAGUUUAGCUGUCGGCCAUGCAGAAAGUGAGGGCCUCUCUCGAAUUACUACAGUUGUUCCUGGUACAGAUGAAUCAAUUAGUAAGCUAUUGCAGCAGCUUUCUAAGCUUAUUGAUCUUCAUGAGGUCCAGGAUCUUACCCACCUACCCUUUGCUGAAAGGGAGUUAGUGUUGAUAAAGGUGGCAGUGAAUGCUGUUGCACGGAGAGAUGUCCUUGACAUUGCUAACAUAUUUAGGGCUAAAGCUGUUGAUGUUUCAGAUCAUACAAUAACUCUGGAGCUUACGGGAGAUUUGAACAAGAUGGUUGCACUACAAAGACUGUUAGAGCCCUAUGGCAUCUGUGAGGUGGCACGGACUGGACGAAUCGCACUGGUGCGUGAGUCGGGUGUGGACUCUAAACAUCUCCGGGGGUUUUCUUAUCCAGUAUAAUCUGCCAGUGAUGGUGGAAAAGCAUCAUGAGAGCACAAUGUCUGAGAAUGUAGACGAAUCUGUUUGGUGUGCUAAUGUGUUAAUUGACUUGGUCACUGAAAGGGAGAUGUAAGUUGUAAAGCUCAUGUAUGCUUUUGUAAAUUUUGGCUAAUAUUUCCAUCUGAGUUAGUUACACUGUUUGUUUUCAUUGGUAUAGGAACAAUUUCACUUAAUUUUGCUGAACUCUCUUUACAA